GAGAAACUCAUGAACAUGGCCUACAUUCACCCUGAUCUGUUAUCAGCAAAAAUGAAAAUCAAGCUCCAGACGAAUACAUCGACGAAUACAACAAAAAUUCAAGAUUAUUUUCAAAAUAUGAAAUCAGUCUUAAAACAAUACUCAAACAUUGAACAUAGGCACCCCCGUCUGUCACCUCAAAAGAUUUCAAAUAAUGCUCACGGACCAGCAGCUGUUCGAGUAAAACGUCAAAUAGAUUUAACCCUCUCAGCCGAGCACGAUGAGAAGGAGGAUGAAACGGAAUUGGCCUUGGAGGCCAUUGCCAAUUUAUAUCGCAGUUCCGAUGGUCGAACACAAAUUGAUGGUUCGGCUAAAGUGAUACAUCGCUCGAACUCUUUGCAAAAUGGUAAUAGCCGUUAUUCGGGAUCAAUACGUAUUCAUCAUGACUAUAGGAAACGCAAAUAACUUCUGAUCUCUUAAGGUCCUGGCACUGAUUGGAGAGUGGGUGUGCGGUUAACUUUUACAUAAGCUGAGAUACAUAUAUAUGUUUAUAUAUGCAUAUAUUCCAUAUCAUCAAGUGGUGACCAGUUAUGUCUUUUGUGAAUUUCCCCAAUUUUAUGUACUCAUGAAUGUGGUUUCAAGAUUAUUGUUGUGAUGAUAAACUCUAUGAACUCUGGUGUGGAUUUUUCAAAAGUGUUUUCUUUUUUGUUAUGUACUCUUUAAUUGUAAUGUAAUGUAUUAAAACAAGUAAAAAAUCGGUUUUGCCGACAGAUGUAUACCCCCA